AAUGCAUUACAUUUGCUUUCACAGGUGAUCAUAGAUAAUGUCAACAUCAAAGAUCUCAAUCUGCAGGUGGCUCGCAGGUCCAUGGCUGUUAUAACGCAGGAUCCUGUCCUCUUCAGCGGCAGCCUCAGAAGGAACCUAGAUCCAUUCUCUUUGUACGAAGAUCAUGACAUGUGGAGUGCCUUGGAAGAAGUACAGUUGAAGACCCUGGUGCGAGAUUUACCUGAACAACUAGAGUACAAGUUGAAAGAAUCUGGGACCAAUUUCAGUGUUGGCGAGCGUCAACUGGUCUGUUUAGCGCGUGCGCUGUUACAGAAAAGCAAGAUUAUAAUACUGGAUGAAGCCACUGCUAAUGUGGAUUACAAAACA